AUGGGGCUCUCCGGAUUGGUGUUGGUGCUCGGAGAUCUCCACAUCCCACACCGCAGCUCGGCUCUGCCGGCCAAGUUCAAGAAGCUGCGUCCCGGCAAAAUCCAGCACAUCCUGUGCACGGGGAACCUGUGCAGCAAGGAGUCGCUCGACUACCUGAAGACUCUCGCCGCUGAUGUGCACGUGGUGCGGGGAGACCUCGACCAGGUGGGGUCGUGGCCAGAGCAGAAGGUGGUGACGGUUGGGCAGUUCCGCAUCGGCCUCUCUCACGGACACCAGCUUGUGCCAUGGGGAGAUGCAGCAGCACUGGCCCUGCUACAGAGGGAGCUGGCUGCUGACAUCAUCAUCACGGGACACACGCACCGUUUCGAGGCGUUUGAGAGCGAGGGGAGGUUCUACAUCAACCCCGGCUCGGCCACGGGAGCGUACAGCCCGCUGGACAGUAAUGUGGUGCCAUCGUUCGUGCUCAUGGACAUUCAGGCGUCCACCGUGGUCACGUAUGUUUAUCAGCUGUUGGGAGAUGACGUCAAAGUGGAGAGAAUCGAGUACAAGAAGGCAUGACGUGGCCUCUCCACUCCCAGCACUACCACCUCCUGCACCAUCACCACUGCUACUAAUUCACUGCUACUAACUCACUGCUACUCAUUGACCACAACGCAAAUACUACUACUCGUACUAACACAGCAUUGCUGCUACUACUAACACAGCACUACUACCACCACCAGAACCAACGCAACACAAACACGACUAAUAGAUACAAUUAGACAACACAAUGAUAAUUUAGUGUGAUAAAAUAAGACAUGACCCAAGAACAACCAGUACAACUGCACAUGGAAUACAUCCACUACGACUCGCAUCAUACAACGAGUACUACUACGACUGCCACUCAUUUAAUACUUGGACAUACGUGAGAGCCAUGAAUACUAUUACUACGUACGUGAUACGAGUAGUUCUAUCAAUAUUAACAGCAGGACGAGAAGCAGCAUCACCAACACUACUGGCAUCUGCGUCUUUACCACCGUUAUUUGCAUCGCCAGCACCAUCACCUAAAUCACCACUACCUUCAACUAUAUCACGCCAUUACAAAUACCACCACUACCACAAACAUCGUCACCAACGCCACCACCAAACCGCUACGCAAUCGUAAACAUCACCACCUCCCACAAACGCGACCAUCGCAAAUACAUCACCUCAGCAGGCAGCUGCAACAUCUGCACAGAUGGAUUUUGGCGAGUGAUGCAUCUGUGAAAUGUCGCCUUUACACAUUCCGACGUGAAAAUUUAAAUUAAAGUGCCACAUUUCAUCUACACGCCAA